CUGCAUUUCAACUCUUUCCAGGACCAGAGUGAAGUUCGUUUCCGACGACCUCGUACACUUUCGGUAACAAAUGAUAUAGUGGAAACCAGAUUAAGUCCUAAUGGAGUUGUCAGAGACCGUUCUCGUGCCGAUACCUCACCAGGUUUCAACAGGAAUAAAGUAGAUAUUACCUCUUUUAAAAAUACGGAAUUUGAGGGUUCCUUUUUGUCCAAACGUCGCCGCUCUGCAAGCUAUAGCGGUUCAGCGAGAGAAUGCAUAGUUAGGAAUGCCACAAGGGCUGAAUUCAUGAUUCAAUUAUGGCAACAAGUUGGUCGAUGGCGUGUCGUACACUAUUCUAAACUUCCUGAAUGGAUGAGAGAUAAUGAUUUCCUCAUAUGGGGCCACAGACCCCCGCUAGCCUCUUUUCGAAUGUGUUUCCGCUCUAUCUUCCGUAUCCACACGGAGACGGGAAAUAUUUGGACCCAUCUUCUCGGCUGUGUCUGCUUUUUGGUGCUGUGUAUCUCAUUCCUAUCUCACCCCGAAUUGAAUCUGCCUUGGGAUGAGAUUCUCGUCAUAUCCGUCUUCUUUAUCAGUGCCAUUCUUGCUCUCGGCUUCUCCUGGAUUUUCCACACUUUCGCCUGUCAUUCCGAGCGUAUCGGCAAACUAUUUGGGAAACUUGAUUACAUCGGCAUCGCUAUUCUCGAGAUAGGGUCUUUUGUACCCUGGAUACAUUACUCCUUCUACUGCCAUACCAACGUUAAGAUUAUCUAUCUUUGUUUAAUUACAAUCCUCGGCAUCAUCACCAUGAUACUUAGCAGCUACGAUCAAUUCUCCACACCGAAUUACCGUGGCGUUCGAGCAGGCCUAUUCAUCUCUCUUGGCCUUUCAGCAGUUGCGCCUUGUUUACAUUACAUAUACCUUGAGGGCUUUUGGGAAUCAGUCACUUCGCCCGCUUUAGGGUGGCUCGGUCUCAUGGCUAUCCUCUACAUCAUUGGAGCCCUUUUUUACGCCACUCGAACUCCUGAGCGCUUUUUCCCUGGAAAGUUUGAUAUUUGGUUUCAAAGUCAUCAGAUUUUCCACGUCUUUGUGGUGGUGGCUGCCUUAGUACACCUGAACAGCAUUCUUGAGAUUGCGGCGUACCGUCGUUCGAGAAAAGACUGCACUUUUCAUAAUGUCUUAUAG